GGUCUUCGUAGUAGACGCAUGACGCAAACGAGGCUUGUUGUCUCCCAGUAGCUGUCCACUGCCAAGCCUGCAUAAUUCAUCGAGACAUUUGUUCUACCAACUGCCCACUUAUUCGUUCUCUUCAACGACCUAAUUAGAUACUUACCAUGCCUCCAACGGACCUCAUGAAGAAAUCCUCCACUGCUACCACCACUAACCCACCUGUAAAUGUCAAGCUUCUACUAAUCGGAAACGCCUCAGUGGGCAAAAGUAGCUUGCUCCUGCGUUUCUCCGAUGAGCAAUGGCUUCCCGAGGACGAAGCGAGCGCAACGAUUGGCGUUGAUUUCCGUGUGCACAAGAUGGAGGUUAACGGGCAGAAGGUGAAGCUCAGUAUAUGGGAUACAGCCGGCCAAGAACGCUUUCGCACAAUCACGUCCUCGUACUACCGUGGUGCGCAAGGAAUCAUACUUGUGUAUGAUGUAGCAAACCGCGAAACGUUCGAGGCGCUUCCGAAAUGGUUUUCUGAAAUCGACACCUAUGUUUCGAUCACAGUACCGAAAAUUAUUGUUGGGAACAAGGUCGAUAAGGAAAACUCUCGACAAGUCUCUACCAACGAGGGUUCCACUUUUGCCUCUCGGCAGAAUGCCCUUUUUGUUGAAGCCUCUGCAAAGACAGCCAUCGGGGUACGCGAGGUAUUCGAGGAGCUUGUGGCGCGGAUUCUUGAGACUCCAGAGUUGUGGGCACCUGUGGCACCGGAAGCGGGUGUAAGUUUUGGGAAGCGGGGUAAGGAGGACGGCAUGCCGGGGACGAUUGAUGUGGGACGCGACACGGCUGCACAGGACGAUGGAACUUGCGGAUGCUAGAUUCCAUGCGUGAGCAGGUGUCAAUGAAUGAUGCUGCUUCGCACGCGACUGAUAGAGCUCAUGCGGGUCGGUAGUCGGUGCGCCCGCCAGUGCUAUUGUCGAGUUUUGUGUACGACGCUGAUUACUACUUGUACGGAUAGAUCUGCCUGAGACACGACUGAUAUACCUUGUAUAUGCCUACGUACUACACUCAAUCCAUGUACUAUAGACACGCUUAGAGGUAUGGAUAGGCCCAUCAGUACUACAUCAAGGAUACCUUUAAGAGUAGAUGACGG